CACAAGGCCAACGCAAGAUCAUAUCGUUCAUUAAAUCAAUUGAUCUGUCCUCUCAGCUUGAUGGCGAAAACGUUUGUGGGUGCUACUAACGUGUUGAAGGACCAAGGGUCGACGAAGGUGAGCGGGUUGGGACCGAGCAAGCGCAUCAUCGACCUCACCACCCGCGCAACGUCCCUCAAGGGGAUCGUCGCCGUUGCCGAGCAACCCGUCGUGAUUCCCAACGCCGUCACAUCGGAUCUCACUGUGCGCUCCGUGCACGUCGCGUCAGACCCUCCAGCCAGCACGUGGCUCGACCAUUCCUUGCCUUAUGUUCCCAUCUACAACGAACUGAAAGCUCCGUUUUCCCCGUCGUCCCCCGCGGCUUCCUACUACACGAUCACCGAAUCGGGCCAUGCAGGCCUGGAACAUGCCACUGACGAGCUCCAUGACAUGUUCUUCAAAGCCACCGAGUUUGUCCUGGACAACGAAGGAGAAGUGGGCAAGUUCUUUCACAUCCCCGACGUGUUGUGGCCCAAGAUUCGCCGGUCGUGGGCGAUCAGCAAACACGAUGUGGUAUCCGGUCGAUUUGAUUUCGCCUUGACAUCUGGGGGCAUCAAGGUGUACGAGUACAAUGCGGAUUCCGCAUCCUGCUUGCUGGAAUGCGGCUACGUCCAGGAUGCAUGGGCUGCGGCGGCGGGCGUGGCCUCCGUCGGUCGAAGCAGCAGCGCCACCUUGUUCCAGCAACUCGUGCAAACGUGGAAGAACUUGUCCAUUGUCGGAUCACUUCACAUCAUGUGCGACCGAGACAUUGAAGAGCGAUACCACGCCACGUACAUGCAGGCGGCGGCAGAGGCGGCUGGCAUCACAUGUUUCCUCGUCGUGGGUAUCGACGGCAUCACAUGGACAGACGGCGACAAGCAAGGCCUAGAGGACUCUGCCGGCCGCCGCAUCGAGAACGUGUGGAAGACAUGGUGUUGGCGCACGGUGAUGAACCAGGUCGAAGCUCGCGAGGAAGCAUCCAUGUUGCCUUCGUUCGAGCUGCCUUCUAAGCCUCAACUCAUGGACAUUCUCCUGCACGAUUCGAUCCGAGUGUUUGAGCCGCUGUGGACUCUUCUAGCCGGCUCCAAAGCUAUCCUACCCAUCCUGUCGAAGAUGUACCCCCACAGUCCGUACCUGCUCAAGUCGUCCUUCGAUGAAAGGGACGUGAGCGCGUUCACGUCGGGGUACGUGGCCAAACCUGUCAUGGGCCGCACGGGCAGCAACAUAUCGCUUUACUCGGCGGACCGCCAACUGCUCAACGAAACCGGCGGCCGGUGGGUAACCGACACGAUCGUGUACCAGGAGCUGGCGAUGCUGCCUAAGUUCAACGACGCCAUGUACGUCCAAGUGAACACAUGGGCCAUCCACGGCCGCUUCGGCGGCACCGUCCUGCGCCAAGACGCGUCCAGUAUCAUUGGCCUCAACUCGGACAUCCCGUCGUUGCGCGUCGUGCCAGACGAGGACAAGUAACAUCCGUGAGCUUCUCGAGUUAGGAUUCUUCAGAUGAUAGCGACAGGGUACUCGAAACGUAUUACUACGUAGUAGAAUAUUUGAAUUUAAAUACUCCUUGGAUUUUUUAAAAUAAUA